AUGGUCGCACCGCCGCCGCCCGCCUCGUCUACCAACAGACCUAAAAAUUAUGCCCCCGCCUUGCACGACCAAGAGUCCGAUUACCCGAUCGUGCUCAACCCGGACCCGAUUUUAUCCAAGAUAAAGCCCGAAUCAUACGGCCCGAAAUCUGAAAGCCAUGUGAAAAAGGCCACCGGCUGGGAAAUAUCGCAAUCAGACAACGAGCUCAUCGAGUUAGGUCGAGGGUUCUUCAAGAAGCUUAGGAGGAAGCUCAAGGACACGAAUUCGUUUCGUGGGCCUGAGUUUCUUGACAUGGUGACUUCAUAUCUAGAGAAUUCUGCAAAAAAAAGGGACGUUAGGGACUUAGUUGCAGAGGGCUGCAUUGUUUUAGAGGUUUGGGACGUGCUAGAAGCUUUGAUAGUCAACGGGCUUAUAAACCAUGGGUUCGCGUCGAAUUUGGGAGUUGUUGGCUCCUUAGCUGCAGAGGCAAGGCUUUGUGGUGGUUUGGCUAAUUUGGCUGAAAGGUUGAGAGACGAACACAAGGGUCACACACCUUUCACACCACAACGUUGCACGAGCAAGCUCAACCAAACCCUUGAAUUGCCAUCGGGCUGA